AUGGAACCACAACAACAACAAGCACAAUCACAACUGCAGCAGCAGAAUCUAUCAGUGCAGCAGCAAACAGCUCCGCCGCCUUUUUCCAGCCGCCUGGAUGCGCUCCCUUCCACCCGUGGUCGGCGUGCAGGGCCGCCAGACCCCGUCCAGCAGCAACAGCCGUCGUCUCCACAGCGGCUGCUGGCUCCACCGGCUCCUCCACCGGCCCGACCGGCUGCGCCAUCCACCAUCGUUGACGAUGCCCCCGUGCCCUUGGCACCGCCGCCGCCGGUGUCGCAGCCUAGCCAGCGACGCCCGCGCAGUCCAUUUUCCGGGAAGCAUCCCGCGGACGUCGACGAACCUAUGCCCGUGGCACCGUCGCGGCCGGCAUCCCCGUAUCUUCCGCAACGCAGCUCCGCCCGUCUGGCCCACCGCGCCGCGCCCUACUCUGCUGGGCUGCAGCCAGACAAGAAGAUGCAGAAGCUUUGCCCAGUACAAAUAUACAGUCUCCAACAACAACAACAACAACAACAACAACAACAACAACAACAGCAGCAGCAGCAGCCAAUCCGGCAGAGCUCCUCCGUGGGCGACAGCCGCGGCCCCUGCUCCAUUUGCUGCUGCCGCCCUCCUCCCGCCCCCACUGCCGGCCCUCGCAGCGGUAUACCCCUGGCACGGCCGUGUGGCCCCGCGAGUACGGGCGCAAGGUGGAUUGGACACCCGCCACGGUCGUCGCGGCCCGUGGGCGGCGUGUUAAGUCAGUGCAGACGUCGAAAUGGUUGGAGCGCCGCCAUCAUAAUCAGCUCCGCCCUCGUGCUGCCACGGACUCGGGCCGCCGCCUCCUUCCCUACCUCCUUUGGGUACGGACAGAGACCUCGGGUCACCGUCCCAGCCCCCGGUUGCCGUCUCUCCGCGGACCUGCCGCCGGCCCUCUCAGCCUCCGGGUGGAUCGGCGGCUCCAUCCCCCGCCCUGGACUCGGGAUCGGCUGUCACGGAUACCUCGGGGGUCCCUUCCUCCACGCCAGUUGCGGUUGA